CCGGCAGAUCUCGGUGGCCGCCAUGGUGGCCAACUUCACCAAGCCCACGCCGGACGCCCCUUCCCUGCUGCAGCACGACGAGGUGGAGACGUACUUCCAUGAAUUCGGGCACGUCAUGCACCAGCUGUGCUCCCAGGCCGAGUUUGCCAUGUUCAGCGGGACACACGUGGAGAGGGACUUCGUGGAGGCCCCGUCCCAGAUGUUGGAGAACUGGGUGUGGGAGAAGGAGCCGCUGCUGCGCAUGUCCAGGCACUACAAAACGGGCAGCCCCAUCCCGGAUGAGCUGCUGGAGAAGCUCAUUAAAUCCCGGCAGGCGAACACGGGGCUCUUCAACCUGCGCCAGAUCGUCCUGGCCAAGGUGGACCAGGCGCUGCACACCCAGACCAAGGCCGACCCUGUGGAGGUGUUUGCCCGGCUGUGUGAAGAGGUGCUGGGUGUCCCUGCCACCCCAGGGACGAACAUGCCGGCCACCUUCGGCCACCUGGCCGGGGGCUACGACGCGCAGUACUACGGCUACCUCUGGAGCGAGGUGUUCUCCAUGGACAUGUUCCACACCCGCUUCAAGCAGGAGGGCAUCAUGAACUGCAAGGUAGGGAGGGUCCCCUGA